AUGUCUACCAAGGAUCUCAUUGAUAUCUAUGCUGUUCCUGGAAAGGUCGCCGUCAUCACAGGCUCUUCCCGUGGCCUUGGCUACGACAUGGCCGAAGCUCUUCUCCUCGGUGGCGCUGCUCGUGUUUACAUUUCGUCCCGCAAGGUAGAUGCCUGUGCCAAAGCUGUCAGCCAGCUCAAUGCUAUUGCUAAGGAAAAGAACCUCCCCGGAAAGGCCUAUUCCAUCCCUGCAGAUGUUUCAACCAAGGCUGGUGCCGACGCCCUGCGUGCUGCUUUUGAUAAAGUCAACAAGGAAGAGGGUUUGGAACCCCGCGCUGAUAUCGUCAUUGCCAACGCUGGUGCCACAUGGGCUGAGGAAAUUGAGAAGUUCCCAGACUCUGCUUUCGCCAAGGUUAUGGACCUUAACGUUCGCGGUGUGUUUUUCACCGUUGUUGCAUUCCUUGAUCUUCUCAGAAAGGCUGGAACCCCAGAAGACCCUGCACGCGUCAUUAUCACCGGCUCCGUCGCCGGUCUUACUGGUCUUAUGCCUAACGGAUUUGCUUAUAAUGCUUCCAAGGCCGGUGUCCACCAACUUGGCAAGCAACUGGCCGUCGAUCUGGGUCCCCAACAUAUCUCCGUCAAUAUUUUGGCUCCUGGCUUCUUCCCCUCGAAAAUGACGGCCGGCUUCCUUUCUGGCGGUGUUGGUGACCACAUGGCCGAGACCAAUCCUCUUAAGAGACUUGGUCUGCGGUCCGAUAUCAUUGGCGUUACAUUAUUCCUUACUUCAAAGGCUUCAGCAUAUGUUAACGGUGUCGUUCUGCCUCUUGAUGGUGGUUCUCACGUUGGUGCCCCUAAAAUUUAA